AAUGGAUUUACAACAACAGCAACAACAACAGAUGUUUUUAAAUGCUUGGAUUAGACCAACAUUAUUAUCUCCAACACCAACAAAUACAACAACAAUUACUCAACAACAACAAAAUAUUCUUCAAAAUAUUCCUGAACAUUUAAGAGGAAAUUCUUCUUCUUCUUCUUCUCUUAUUAUUAGACCACCUCAACCACAACAACACCAACAAUUAGUUAUUCGUCACGUCCCCCCUUCUAUACGUGUUUUUGAACCUUCAAUGUCCAGUCCAUCAUUAACAUCUUCCUCCUCUUCUUCAAUUCCUUUUUCUUCUUCCCCUUCAUUAAAUAAUUCAAAUAAUUUAAAUCCUCUCCUCCUCAAUCUUCACCAACAACAACAAUCAAUUCCUUCCCCAAUUUCAACAAAAAUACUUCAAAUACCUUCACAACAACCACAACAACAAUAUCCCCCUCAACAAUUUGAUCAAUUAGUUGCUUUAGCACAUUUUCAACAAAUGUUGGAAAGAAUAAAAGCUUCAGAAACAGCCAAAGCUUCUCAAUUAUUAGAGAAUAAUUCGCAAAAUUUUGGUGUAAUUCCAACUUCUGCUUUUAAAUUAGUUAAUAAUUCAAUACAAAAUUCUGAAUUAACUACAAUAAACAAAACUUCCACUCCUUAUUUUUUAUCUGAAGAAUCUGUGCUGCAACAACGUCAAUUAGAGCCAAAACAACAAAAAAUUGAAUUAAAACACCAACAACAAACAUCCCAACAACAAAAGCAACAACAACGUUCCCCUUCUUCUUCAUUACAAAAGAAUUUUACCCCAACCCCUUCAACAAGUGCUGAUGAACUUUUAGGUCAGGCAAUAAUUAAAUUAUUACAACAACAACAACAAACAAAAGGGGAAAUAACAGAAAUAAAUGGAAAUAAUAAUAUUCAAACAAAUAUUGAAGGUAAUUUUUUUUUAUUUUUAUUUUUUUUUCUAAUAAUUUAUGAAUUUUAUUUGUGUAAAUAUAUUCUCAGGAAAAAUUAA